CGUGGACGCCUUCUCAUUCGCGCUGUUGACGCUCUCGGGCUUCCGUAGAUAUGUCAUGAGGAAAUGCAAGGCAACACAUCGUUAGCGCUGCUUUUCGUGACACCCUUUUAUGGUGAUGUGAUUUUUAAAAACAACAAUGACAACGAGUGCCGAGCACCACUCAAUCUUUCACCUGAGCCCAGAUGAUGAGGCUUUCAUUGGGCUCAGAGAAGUGAACCCCAUCCUGAAACAGGCUGUCAACACUGAUCCUGCCCCAGACAAGUUGGAAGACAGAUCGCCAGAGGAUGACAGACAGCGGGAGUCCAGUCUGGUUAGAGAAGUGUCAGACAAGAUGGUCUGCUCAGCAUGCAAAUGCCUUUUUAUCAGCCGUGAGGAACAGACCGAGCACUACAAGCUUGACUGGCAUCGCUUCAACUUGAGACUAAAGAUUUCAGGAAUGCCGCCUGUAACAGCUGAGGAGUUUGAGAGGAAGACCGGAGCUGGAGACAUGUCAAGUAUCUCAGGCUCAGAGUCCGAUUCAGAUGACGACGACUCAGAUAGUGAGAGUGGGGGAACGAGCAGCAACGUCACUGGCACUGAUAAUGAGAGCUCAGUUGAAACUAGUUUAUUUAAUGGCCGGCUCUACAGCAAGGUGUUUUUCCAGAAUUCAGCCGGACAAUAUCUAUCAGUGUACCGCUGCAUUCUACAGGGAAAGUCAAAUGAUGAGCUAGAUGCAGGGAUCUUCCUGAAGGCCAUAAGUAAGGAGACUGUAUGGGUAAUUCUCAUGACAGGGGGGGGUCACUUUGCUGGUGCAGUGUUCCAAGGAAAAGAAGUCCUUCAGCACAAGACUUUCCACCGAUACACGGUGAGAGCGAAGCGAGGCACUGCUCAAGGACUCAGAGACUCUCAGAACCGCAGUCACGCGCCCAAGUCUGCAGGAGCUGCUCUAAGGCGACACAAUGAGGCGGCGCUGGUCAAGGAGAUCCAGGAUCUUCUGGUCAGUUGGACUGAACACCUAAAGGAAGCUUCUGCCAUUUUUGUACGAGCACCCAGCUACAAUAAAAGCAUAUUUUUUGGAGGUCGUGCUGCUCCACUGGACAAAAAAGAUCCCAGGAUCCACACACUUCCCUUUCCCACACGCAGGUCAACCUUUCGAGAGGCACAAAGGGUACAUGAUGUGCUUUCUACCGUCCAUGUUUAUGCAAAAGACACAGACAUGACUGCAGUCUUCAGUCCAUCUAAGAAGGCCUGGAAGAAAUCCAUCAAAGCAACAGCACAAAUAGAUAAAGAUCCAGAGAAAGCAGAAGAAAAACAUGAUAGCUCUGAAGAAGAAAGUGGAGAGAUCCAGCUGGAGAUGGUGGAGCAGACAAUAGGAACUCUGGAGCUUAGAGAGUAUGAAAUCUAUCCCUCCAGGCACAGGAGGAGGAGGAGGAGAAAGAAGGAGGAGGAACCCGAACAGCAAAUGGAGGAAUUAAGUAACAUAGAGGCAGACAAUCCAGACGAGGAAGAUCCAGAGGCUACACCAGCCGAAGACACCCCUCAAGAAACGCAAUCAAAGAGGAAGAGGAAAGCGAAGAGUAAAAAACCACUUAAAGAAACGGCUGAUGAUUCUUUGGAGUAUGGCCUGAGGGAUGAAGUGUUUACAGCCUGUAAGGUUGGGGAUGUAGACGCUCUAUGUAGACUUCUUCAGCUCCCUGGAGAAACGUUGGAGAGUCCGCAGGAGAACAACCCUUCUGAUGUACCAAGUCCUCUAAUGCUCCUUAAUAAGCCCAUUGACUCCUCUGGUUUCACUUUGCUGCAUGUUGCCUCAGCAGCUGCACAGAAGGCCGUGGUCAGGCUGCUUCUGGAUGCAGGAGCAGACCCAGCAUGCAGAGACAACAAAGGGCAGCCCCCUUAUAUUGUCGCUCCUGACAAAGACACAAGGAAUGUCUUUCGGAAAUACAUGGGUGAGAAUCCUGACAAAUAUGACUACAGCAAGGCACAGGUCCCUGGGCCACUAACGGCAGAGAUUGAAUCCAAAAAGGUAGAAAAGAAAAAGGCACAAAAGGCGAUGAAAAAACAGCGAGAGAAAGGGCAGAAGGAAGAGAAGAGGAAACAGGAGUUGGAGGCGGAGGAAAAAAAGAGGUUUGCCUCUUUGACUGAUCGAGAAAAGAGGGCUCUGGCAGCUGAGAAGAGGUUAGCAGAGCAAGUAGCAGCAACAGGAGUCAGCCUCUCCAAUGUCAAGAGGUGCUGGUCCUGUGGAGAGUCGCUGCUUGGGAAGGUCCCGUUUCAGUACCUGGAGUACUCAUUCUGCACCCCUCGCUGUGUCCAGGAACAUCGAAAAGCCAACACAGUUCAAGGCAAGACCUAACGACUCUAAAUAAUAACACCAAAGGACACCACGGAAAAUCUUAAAUGUUAGAAAGCUACCUCAUCAAGACCAGACUUGGAUUUGUGCAGAAUCGAUGAUGCUUGUUUUAUUUUCAACAACCAAUCAUACAUUUGAAAUACUUUCCUUUUUUUUGGCAAUGAUCUCAGACAACUGGAUACUGUAUUAAAACAUGUAAUCAAUGCACUUUGUUCACAGUAUCUGCACCUAUGGAGAAGGUUUAAAAGCAAAUACAAUAAAAAAAUAUAGAAUACUGA